UCAGUGAGAAGUGACAGCAUUUUGUGCCAAGUGUUUCUAGCGGGCACUUAAAGCCUUUAUAAACUGAUAGGAUAUAUCACUGUCCUGUCCUUUGGUCCGAAGAUAUGGAGGGAAAGGAGGAGAUAGAAAAAUCGACUGAUUCUGAAAACGAAAUGAAAAGCGACAAAGGAGAUAAACCAAAAGACGAAUGUACGGAUGAAAAUGAGAAGAGGCGAAGCAACGAGAGAAGUUCAGGGAGAGAUAACGAAGUGAGGACAAAUGAAAUAGACAGAGGAUCUGACCUAAAUGAAUCAAGUUCGGACGCCGGGACCACGCAGCAGAAUGGCUGCAACGACCCUACGGAAACUCAGAAUGGACCUCGUAUGCCAGCCAAAGAGGAAGAUCCCCAGACCGUGCGAAGACCCCCGCGCAGGAAGGAUAAAGAGAGAAUCCAGGAAGCAAAGAUUUCACCGAGCAACAACGCAACCGAAGCCAAGAAAAGGAAGGAAAAGGAAGCUCAAGCCGCGGCCACCUUGAACGCCGCUCCCAGCUUGCCCGACUCAUCCGAAACCUCGAAGCAACAGCUCGAGCCGGAAAAGAAUCCCUCGGGAAUCAAACUCCGAAGGGAACUAGGCCUGCUGGACUGCGUAGGCCUCCUCGUGGGCAACAUCAUAGGCUCAGGGAUCUUCGUGUCGCCCCGGGGAGUCCUCAGAUACUCAGGGAGCGUGGGAAUGUCCCUUGCCAUCUGGGUCGCCUCUGGCUUCGCCUGCAUGGUCAGCUCGCUCUGCUACGCCGAACUGGGCACGAUGAUUCCCCAGAGCGGCGGCUCCUACACGUACCUGCACGAGGCGUUCGGGCCCAUGGUGGCGUUCCUGGACCUGUGGCUCAGCGUCACCAUCGGCAUCCCGUGCGGCCGCGCCAUCGGGGCCCUCACCUUCGCCAACUACGUCGUGCAGCCGUUCUUCCCGACCUGCGCCCACGUGCCGCAGGCCGCCGUCAAGCUGCUCGCCAUCGCGCUCAUCUUCUUCCUCACUUGGGUCAACUGCCGCCGAGUGCAAUGGGCCACCACAGUGCAAGACGCAAUGGCACUCACCAAAGUCCUGGCCCUCAUCAUCAUCAUCAUCGGAGGCAUGCACCAUCUGGCACGGGGCCACACGGAGAACUUCGAGAAUGUGAUGGAUGGCACUAACUGGCACCCUGCCCUCAUUGCCACGACGUUCUACCAUACCCUGUGGGCGUAUGCAGGCUGGAAUGGCUUGAAUACGAUAAUAGAGGAACUGAAGGAUCCUUUUAAGAGCAUGCCCCGAGCUAUCGCCAUCUCCCUCACGUGCGUGACGCUAAUAUACAUACUAACGAACGUUGCGUAUUUCGCUGUGCUUACGCCGGAGGAGAUUCUGUCUUCGGAAGCGGUUGCCGUUUCCUUCGGCCAGCGCAUCCUGGGCGUGCUGGCGUGGACCAUCCCGAUCUUCGUGGCGUGCUCGACCGGCGGCUCCAUGAACGGCAACAUCUUCGGGUCUUCGCGCGUGCUGUUCGUGGGGGCGCGGCGGGGCCACCUCCCCAGGGCCCUCGCCUUGGUGUCCGUCGAGAGCUGCACGCCCGUCACGUCGCUCGUCUUCAUGGCCGCCGUCUCGCUGAUCAUGUUCACGACGUCCGACCUGCGAGCGCUCAUCAACUACACGUCUUUUGCGGGGAACUUGGUCGGCCUGGGCGUCAUCUCGGCGUUUUUCUGGUUCCGGAUCAAGCAGCCCGACCGACCUAGGCCUAUCAAGAUCUGGAUCGGCUUCGCCAUCAUCGAGCUUCUGAUGUCCGUGUUCCUGGUGGUCUUCCCAGCCGUGAAGCAGCCCAUGGAAGUGGCCUUCGCUCUGGGCUUCGCUGCCACGGGCCUCCUGGUGUACUACGUCACGCAGCACAGGCGGGUCACUUCGGCUACACUCGACAGGGCGAUGGAUAAAGUGACUUACGUCUGUCAGAUGCUCUUUGUUGCUGUCCACGAAGAAGCGAAUUUGUCAACGGAAACCAAGGAACAACUGUGAUUCGAAAACAUUUUCUUCCUCCACGUUAAAAA